UUAUCAGGGUAUCUACGAUUACUUAAAAUCAGUAGAAAGAUGGCCAAUAUGCGUUGGAACUCAAAUUGACAAUAACAAAUUUUCAAAAGUUUGUAAGGGUGUGCUUGCUGGUGAUGAUUCCUAUAAGAGAAAUCAAGCGAAUUCAAGAUAUAAAUCUUGUAGAAUUUUACGUCAUCGUUUACAGAAAUAUUAUUCAACUUCAACUGUUUUAGAAAGUACAAUUACUCAAAAACGACGUUCUGCCAAUCUACAAAAACGAUGUAAACGUCUGAAAAGAAUGAAAAUGAAACUGAGGGAAAAGGUAUAUCAAAUUAAAGCUAAAUGUUCUAAGAAGUCAGAAGCUGCAAUAAAAAAAGCUAUAAUGAAAUUACCGAAAGGAUUUCAAAACGUUGUAAAUUCAUGCUUUGAAGCUGCGAAUAAGAAAAAUUGUAAAGGUCGGCGUUAUACACUGGAAUGGAUAUACGAGUGUAUUUUGAUACAUAUAAAAAGCCGAAGGGCUUAUCAAUUCUUACGUACUAGAAAUAUUUUACCUUUACCAUGUAUUGAGACACUAAAUAAAUUUAUAAGGCGAAUAAGCAGCUCAGCUUAUGGGUUUCAGCCAGCUACUUUUCAAGGCUUACAGCAAAGGUGUGAGACAAUGGAUAAAGGACAAAAGCGAGGAGUACUUCUAGUUGAUGAAAUGAAAUUGAGUGAGGGUGUUUAUUUCGAUUCUCAAGCUAUGAAAUUUAAUGGAUUUGUAGACUUGGGAAAUCACACUCCGGAGGACUUGAAAAAUAAAACUGCAGAUCACGCAUUAGUUUUUAAGUUUGUGCCUUUCCAAGGUCGAUGGGUUCAAGCUCUGGAUUGCUUCCUUUCCAAAAGUGCUUGUAAAAGCGAACCUCUGCACAAACUUAUUCUAGAAUGUAUAAUUUUAAUGGAAAACAGCGGAAUUUGUAUAGACGCUGUUGUAAUGGAUGGUGCAUCAUGGAAUCGGGGGGUGUGGAAAAUUUUCGGAGUUGAUGAAAAUAACAUCAGUUGUGAACAUCCUUACGACAGUUCACGACGUUUAUGGAUGAUUUCCGAUUUUCACCACUUAUUAAAAUGUUUUAGAACAUCCACUUUAGAUGAGAAGCUACCCGAGUUCAUGACACCUCACGGAAUCGUGAAAAAAAAACAUUGGGAAGCUCUUCUAGAGGUAGAAAACUAUCAUCAACCAAUUAUGAAAAUUGCGUAUAAAUUAACGCCUGCACAUUUGAAACCGAAAGGCUUUCAAGUAAUGAAUGUACUUUUGGCCACUGAAAUUUUUAGUCAUAAUGUAUCUGUUGCCAUGGCUAUACCAACCAAUAUGUGAUAAAUUGAAAGACUCAACUCCGAUACAGAAAUUUAUAGAUCUUGUUUUUAAUGUGAUUGAAGCUAUGUCUUCUCGUAUACCUAGAGAUGCUUUGUAUGCAGAAGGGAAUUGUCGUAAAAAGCAAGUAAGUAUAGUUAUUAGGUGAAACACAAUAAUUGAAGAUUUAAACAUUGUAGGUUUCAUUGAAAAAUUGAAACUUGAGAAAGUUAUAUAACUCAACUGCCAUAAAAAUUUGUUCAAUACAAAAACUGUCAGGCAAUUUUGGAAUUUCUGCAAUUUUUUGAAAGUUGGGAAAAUCUUGAAAAGAAAAUACCAGUGUCAAAAAGUACUUCAAUUGGUUUGAAAGUAACGUUACGAACUACACUUGAAAUAUUGGACAUGCUUAAAAACGAAUGUGGAUACAAAUAUUUAAUGACAGCUACGUUAUCACAGGAUCCUUUAGAGAUUUUUUUCUGUAAUGCGAAAUUCGUGUGGAGGGAAUGAUCACCCUGAUCCAAAAAUGUUUGCUCAAGUUUAUCGAUUUUGGCAUCUACGUUUUCACUUAUUCGUCCUCCGAAAGGGUGUAAUGUUUCUGGCGACAAUCUUUUGAAAAAUUUAAUGAAACCUGAUGAAGUUUUAAGUUCUUCGAAUCAUGACCGAGAAUCAUGGCUUCAAAAAAUGGAUGCCAUUCUAGAAGGUACUGAACCGCAAGUUGAAGAUUCUUCAAUAGAUGAGGACCACGAUUAUAAUGAGGUUGUAACCAGUGAUGUUGUGCAAUCAUAUAUUGCUGGUUACCUAACUCGCAAAAUGCAAAAAAUUGUAAAAUGUUCAGAUUGCUUAAUAACUUUACGUAUGAAUGCAGUAGAUGGUCAACGGUUACAAAGAAAUGACGUAAUCAAUAAAAUGAAUUUAUUUGGUGGACUUAUGUAUGCUAGCUAUGAGUUGUUUGAAUUGACCAAGCAAUAGGAAAAAUGUGUUUUAAGAGCUGUAAACAAAGCUUUAACAAAUGUUGAAACCAUAAGUCAAAUAUCUCACGAACUUAAAAA